GUUGACGUCAUCUUUAUAAGUGCGCAGCGCUGCACCGGAAGGAAGUGGGUGUUAGCUGACUGACGUUAGCAAAGCUACAAUUAUAAAGUCUGCUGCGGCUUCUAUGGAAGAGAUGUCAGGAGAGAGUGUGGUGAGCUCGGCAGUGCCGGCAGCUACGACCCGGACUACAUCCUUCAAGGGCUCCAGCCCUAGCUCUAAAUAUGUGAAGUUAAAUGUGGGUGGGGCACUGUACUACACUACAAUGCAGACACUAACCAAACAGGACACGAUGCUCAAAGCCAUGUUCAGUGGCAGGAUGGAGGUCCUCACAGACAGUGAAGGUUGGAUCUUGAUUGACCGCUGUGGGAAACAUUUUGGAACAAUCCUUAACUACCUUAGAGACGGGGCGGUGCCACUCCCAGACAGCCGACGGGAAACCGAGGAACUGCUAGCUGAGGCCAAGUAUUACCUCGUCCAAGGCCUAGCUGAUGAAUGCACAGCUGCCUUACAGAACAAAGAAACAUAUGAACCCCUUUGUAAAGUGCCUCUGAUGACCUCAUCUAAGGAAGAGCAGAAGCUUAUUGCAACCUCGAAUAAGCCUACUGUCAAACUGCUGUAUAACCGAAGCAACAACAAAUAUUCAUAUACCAGCAAUUCUGAUGACAACAUGCUGAAAAAUAUUGAGCUGUUUGACAAGCUGUCAUUGCGGUUCAACGGUCGGGUUCUCUUCAUCAAAGACGUGAUUGGCGAUGAGAUCUGUUGUUGGUCAUUUUAUGGCCAGGGGCGUAAGAUUGCUGAAGUGUGCUGCACCUCCAUUGUUUAUGCCACAGAAAAGAAGCAGACAAAGGUGGAGUUCCCUGAGGCCAGAAUCUAUGAGGAGACCCUUAACAUCCUCCUGUACGAGUCCCACGAUGGGAGGGGUCCAGACAAUGCCCUGCUGGAGGCCACAGGGGGCGCUGCAGGACGAUCUCACCAUCUGGAUGAGGACGAGGAGCGAGACCGAAUUGAGCGAGUUCGUAGGAUUCACAUCAAACGACCCGAUGACCGCACACACCACCACCAGUGACCUUUCUCCUUCGACCCGUCAGCCUGUGUCUCUGACCCUGGACAGUCUUUGCACCACGCUUGUG